UUGGUGUGUGUGUGUGGCCAGAUCUGUGUGACUUCACUGAGACACGGUGCGUCUUAUUAUUCGGUAUAUGCGGAGACCACCAACUUAGAAUUGUAAUUAUAAAAUUUGACCGCAAGGUGGCUCAAGUGGGUCUGCAUCUGAAAUUAUCACCAUCGUCAUUCCCGCAGAUUUUUUUUCUUAUAUUAUUAUUUCUGCUACUGUCAAACCAGAGCGCAAUUCCUGACCGCUUCGGUUAAUACUCCAUCACCAUCAUCACCACCAACAUCCUCAUCACCAUCAACCACCACAAUCAUCAUCACCAACGUCACCACGAACAUCACACUAUCACCACAUCAUCAUCACGGUCAUCCUCACCACCAUCACCAACAUCAUCACCACCAUCACCACAAUCGUCAACACCACCACCAUCACAAUCACCACCAACAUUACCAUCAACAUAAUCAUCACAACCAAUCAUCGUUCAUUUAUCAUCACCACUAUCAUCAUCACCAACACCAGCAGCAUCAUCAUCGCUGGCAUCACCAACGACACAAUCAUCAACAUCACCAACAACGACAUCAACAUCAUCAUCAUCUGGCUGUCAGCGAGCGCCGAGCAGCCGAAGCCUUGGUCGAUCCACUGCUGGACGAAGGGUUUCUCCGCCUUCCUUCCCAAGCUGCCGAUACCAUCUCUCACGAUCCUGCCGAUGCAAUAAUAUUGACAAGCCAGCCCGGCACCUGCAAACGCUGGGCUGAUUUCACCGCAAGGUGGCGGGCGCUCACCGUGAGGAUAAAUGUGCCACGCCGACGAGGAGGAGCUGAGUCCCACUCAAGGCCUGUAGCGGCUGACGCGGUACGGUGGCGCGGUACGGUGGCGUGGUAACAACGGCAGCCCAACGGAGGAGUGUCAGCGGAGUCUGAACGGCCAUGUCUGCGUACAACCUCCUCCGCCUGGUGUCUCACCCCCGCUCGGGUCCUCUACUGCCCUCGGAGGUGAAGCGGCGGGAGCAGCGUGCGCGCGUGACCUUUGCCCCCGAGGAGCUGAGACGGAGGCUGACGACGCUGCAGUUCCACGUGACGCAGCAGCGCGGCACGGAGAGGCCAUUCUCGGGGGAGCUGACCCUGCACAGCGCUGCGGGCACCUAUGGCUGCCUCGUGUGCGGAGCCGCGCUCUUCACGUCUGAAAGCAAGUUCGACUCCGGGUCAGGGUGGCCGUCCUUCUCGGAGGCCGUGACCCCACACGCCGUCGCGCUUGGGGACGACGUGUCGGGCGGCGUGUGGCGCGUGGAGGCCUCCUGCAGCCAGUGCGGCUCCCACCUGGGCCACCUCUUUGAGGACGGCCCCCGGCCCAGCCGCAGGAGGUUCUGCGUCAACUCGGCGUCGCUCAGCUUCUGUCCGCGGCUCGACGGCCCCAACGACGAGGAGCGGCCGGGCCCAGCGCUCGCCGGCCACGACGGCGGCUCGGAGGACGGCUCGCUCACGCCGCCCCCCGCGGAGACAAACGGGGGGCACCGGUCACGUGGGGCCCAGAAUACGGCUUCACCGGGGGGCCCGGCUCCUACGGGUCUGGCCCCAGGAGUAGCGAGGGCUUCCUGUGGGGCUGCCCGUGGUUGGAGUUGUGGUGGUGGUGGUGGUGGUGCAAGAAAUGUUAAAGACGUUGUGGGUGAGAAAGGCAUGGGUGGUGGUGUUCGUGGUGGUGGUGCAAGCAGGGAUGGAAGUGUUGGUGGGACAGGAGUAGCUGGUAGUGCUGGUGGUGGUUGGAGUUGUGGUGGUGGUGGUGGUGGUGUGGGUGGUAGUUGGAGCUGUGGUGGUGGUGCAAGAAAUGUUAAAGACGUGGUGGGUGGGAAAGGCAUGGGUGGUGGUGUUCGUGGUGGUGCAAGCAGGGAUGGAAGUGUUGGUGGGACAGGAGUAGCUGGUAGUGCUGGUGGUGGUUGGAGUUGUGGUGGUGGAAGAAUUAAUAGAGAUGUGGUUGGUUCUAAAGGUGGUGGUCGUUGGGGUGGUGGUGGUGGUGGUGGUGAGAGAGGUGUUGGAGAUGUGGUUAAUGGGAAAGGCGUAGGUGGUGGCUAUGGUUGGAGUUGCGGUGGAGGUGGUGCAAGAGGUGUCCGAGAUGGUGGUGGGCCAGGCGUGGGUGUAGAAGGUGGUUGUGGAGGAGCUGCAGGUGGUGGUGGGAGAGGUGUUAGAGAUGUGGUUGGUGGGAGAGGAGGUGUGGGAGGUGGUGUUGGUGGCAGUGCUGGUGGUGGUGCUGGUGGUGGUGGUGUUGGUGGUGGUGUUGGUGGCGGUGCUGGUGGUGGUGCUGGUGGUGGUGGUGUUGGUGGUGGUGGUGAUGCUGGCCGUGGUGUUGGUGGUGGUGUUGGUGGCGGUGCUGGUGGUGGUGUUGGUGGUGCUGGUGGUGGUGGUGGUGGUGUUGGUGGUGCUGGUCGUGGUGGUGGUGUUGGUGGUGGUGGUGUUGGUGGUGGUGGUAUAGGUGGUGCUGGUCGUGGUGGUGGUGUUGGUGGUGGUGGUGUUGGUGGUGGUGGUGUUGGUGGUGGUGGUGUUGGUGGUGCUGGUCGUGGUGUUGGUGGUGGUGGUAUAGGUGGUGCUGGUCGUGGUGUUGGUGGUGGUGGUGGUGUUGGUGGUGAUGGUGUUGGUGGUGCUGGUCGUGGUGGUGGUGGUGGUGUUGGUGGUGGUGUUGGUGGUGGUACUGGUCGUGGUGGUGGUGGUGUUGGUGGUGGUGGUGUUGGUGGUGGUGGUGGUGCUGGUCGUGGUGGUGGUGUUGGUGGUGGUGGUGGUGUUGGUGGUGCUGGUCGUGGUGGUGGUGGUGGUGGUGUUGGUGGUGGUGGUGUUGGUGGUGGUGGUAUAGGUGGUGCUGGUCGUGGUGGUGGUGUUGGUGGUGGUGGUGUUGGUGGUGGUGGUGGUGUUGGUGGUGGUGGUGUUGGUGGUGGUGGUGGUGUUGGUGGUGCUGGUCGUGGUGGUGGUGUUGGUGUUGGUGGUGGUGAUGCUGGUCGUGGUGGAGGUGUUGGUGGUGGUACUGGUCGUGGUGGUGCUGGUGGUGGUGUUGGUGGUGGUGUUGGUCGUGGUGCUGGCCGUGGUGGUGGUGGUGGUGGUGGUGGUGUUGGUGGCGGUGCUGGUCGUGGUGGCGGUGGUGUUGGCAGGAUGGGUGUGAGUGAUAUUGGUCGAGGUGGAGGUGUUCAAGGAGCAGGUGUGACCGUUCGGCGUAUCAGUGUUAGUGGGGGGGUUGGUGUAAAGGUUGUUGUAGGGGUUGGUGUUGAUGGUGUGCACGGUUUGAGCAAUGCUGGAGGUGGUGUCGGCGAUACGAGUGACGCUAUAGGCGGUGUGAGUGAUGGUGUAGGUGGAGGUGAUGGUGUGGGUGGUGUGAGUGAUGGUCGAGGUGAUGGUGGAGGUGAUGGUGUGUGUGGCGUGAGUGAUGCUCUGGGUGGGUUGAGUGACAGUGUAGGUGAUGGUGUGGAUGGUGUGAGUGAUGGUGGAGGUGAUGGUCGAGGUGAUGGUGUGUGUGGCGUGAGUGAUGCUGUGGGUGAGAUGAGCGACGUUGUAGGUGGUGGUGUUGGCAGCGCCAUCUCUCACCAAAUCCCUUGCCCGCCCUCCAACCACCUCAUCGCAACAGCCACCACCUCCUCCAUCCACGACCACAGCGUCCACAUCACCCACGACAAACUCAACGAGGAGGAGGAAGAGGGCAGCCGGGAAGAGUCGGAGGCCUUCAGCACCGCUCCCCAGUCUCACGCCAGCGGCCCGGCAUCUGACGACGACGAAGAUGACACAACAACAUCAUCAUCAUCGUCGUCGGCGUUUGUCAGCUGCGGGCCGACCCCUCCGAUGAGCCCCGGUGGAGGGGCGGCCGCUCCCGCGCGCCCGGCCGGAGUGGCGACGAUCGGACCGUUGGCCGUCGGUCGGAAAUGACGGCUCGGGGCUUGGGGGAGUUCAUCUUCUUGAUUCUUUCGGUGAAGUCACGUAGGUAAAAAAAUAAUUAGAAAAUAAAUAAAAUCACGACGUUUCGGAGGCAACACAAGCUUCCGAAACGUCGUGAUUUAAUUUAUUUUUUUAUUUUUUCACCCACGUGACUUUACCGUAAAAAAACAAAGAGUAUGGGACCCUUGCAGUCACGAAAACUUCAAAUCUAGAAGAAGAAAAAAACCACAAGACAACUUAGAUUAAAUUUCGAUUUAAAGCUUUCGUGACUGCAGGGAGUCAUCUUCUUGGUUCUUUCGGUAAAGUCACGUAGAAGGGAAAUAAUAAAAACAUAAUAAAAUACAAUUCUCAUGACGUUUCGGCCACAACGCAAGCGGCCGUCCUCAGGUGAAGAACAGGUCUGUGGGAAAGACAGCGUCUUUGUAUUGUAUUUUAUUAUGUUUUAUUUUUAUUAUUUUAUUAUUUCCCUUCUACGUGACUUUACCGAAACAACCAAGAAGAUGAAUCCCUGCAUAAUAUUUUAUUAUGUUUUAUUUUUAUUAUUUUAUUAUUUCCAUUCUACGUGAUGACUUUACCGAAAGAACCAAGAAGAUGAAUCCCUGCAUAAUAUUUAAUUAUGUUUUAUUUUUAUUAUUUUAUUAUUUCCCUUCUACGUGACUUUACCGAAAGAAUCAAGAAGAUGAGUCAGAGUCGUCUCUUCGCCGCUCAAGAGCGCCGUCGGGACAUCGAUACACUCGAAACGUACACGUUUAGUAUUCUCUCCAUCGAGAAGUUACAAAAAUAUUAUGUUCACGUAUCCAAUCAGACGCCGGCACGCUGCCGUUUAAAACGCCGUUAGCACCGGCUGGCUACUUGCAUCGCCGCAAGCGCAGAAGUGUACGCGAUGCGAUUGGGGUCACGUGGAGCGAUCGUCCGCUCCGUACCACCGGCAGACUCCUACCCCCCCCCCUCUUUUGUAGCUGAGUCACCCUCCCUGUGCUGCACAGGGACAGCUGCCACUGGGGGUGCCCUUCCAAUGUUUGAAGCGUUGACGCAAGUGCCAUCCAAAUGCAAUAUACUGUACGUAUUAUUAUUGCACUGGUCAACACACUUUAUCUGGCAUAAGGUAUUCCAACGGUGUUAAGGUAAUUUUGGGGUGCUGAUUCCAAAGCUGGCAUCAGUUUUUGUCUAUCACAUCAGGUUUUUGAGAUAUCAAAUAUUGCAUUUUCAAUAAAAACGGCAGAAGAAAACUAUUAAAUAAAUGUGGAUAUCUACAUUAAAUGAUAUUAUAAACACACUAUCCUAAAAAUACAGCACCAUAUUUUAACACUAAAGCAGUCACUGACUCGCAACAACUUGCAAUCAUAAGUGACAGAGUUAAUUUCGGGUAAAAUCAAUGAAAAUGGGGUAUGCCGAUAACAUGAAAGUGAGAUGUGAUAGAGCAAAUCUGAGAUCAGAUUUGGAAUCGGCACCCUGAAAUGAGUCUAAAACAGCUGCAAAAGUCCAGGCCAGAAAAAAUUUUUUUUUUUGUUGUUGACCAGUGUAAUGUUCGCAUCGAUUCGUGCAAAUGGAUAUCCUGAACGCACCAUCACACUUAGAGAUUGUGACAGUAGCCGAUCACACAAUGUAAGGGUUCAUAUUGUUUCUUAUCUGUACAUAAGGGGCCGUCCAUAAAUGACGUCACGCACCAUUAUUAUUAUUGCGAUAUAACCUCAUCCAUUCUGUGUCUUCAAAAGCUGAUCUGAAAUAUUGCUUUGCUCCUUCGGUCUACUGCAGGCUUCGCAGGCCGGCACGGUACGAUCCAGAGCGGCUGAGCAAGCAGAACUCUCGAUUUGGGUUUUUACGGUCUCUCUGUGGUUCUCGCCGACAGCAGUUGAGGCUCGUUGAACAUUUGCUGCCGAGCCUCCAGGAACGGUGGCGAUAUUUGGGUUUGGGAAUGCCGACGACGGGCUUGACGUGCGGUCGCCACGCCGCUCCAUGCUGCUUAAGUUUCUCCCGUAGAGUUACGUAGAAGGGAAAUAAUAAAAUAAUAAAAAUAAAACAUAAUAAAAUAAUUCUCACGACGUUUCGGCCACAACGCAAG